AUGAACGAUCCCCACAUUUCCAAUGUAAUCGCUUGCUUCCGCCGCAAGAUCGACAUUUACCGUGCUUCACAUGCCACUGCCGGGGUAAUCACAUACCCAUUGACUGUGCUGGAAGCCGGUAACGGAGGAGACUGGGAACUGGGAAGCUCCCACAAGGUCAUACCUCAGCAGGCCUACACGACACGCUCUUCCGAUAUUGAAGCAGAGCUGACUGCGCCGAAUGGCAAAUCAUGGUCGCAGCCGCUGGGUCUAUUUAUCGGCAAUGGGUUUAGGGACUCGGCAAAGGGGAAACGAAUCACCUCGUUCCAUCCAUACACUGCCACGGGCAAACAUGUUAUGCGUAUGGCAUCUACAACCAUGAAGGCCGUUACGCUGGAGACUGGCGGCAAGCUACCGCUAAUCGUGUUUGAUGAUGCCAAUCUGGAUCAAGCGGUGCGUUGGGUCCAUGAGGGCAUCAUGGCAAAUCAGGGACCUGUAUGCACAGCAACCUCUAGUUUAUUGGUGCCGGACGGAAUUUACGACAGAUUUGUCGAGGAAUUCACCGACUAUACGAGCAAAACAUCCAUGUUAGGUGAUCCCUUCGAGGCCACAACCUACCAAGGACCACAAGUCAGCGCUGCGCAGCGAGAUCGCGUUUUGUCUUAUAUCAGAACUGCUCAGACUGAGAAUGUAAACAUUAUACAUCCAUGCAGGGCUAUCCAGAACUUCCUGGAACGAGCAACUAUUUUCAAGGAAGAAAUCUUUGGACCCUGUGCUGCGGUAGCACAAUUCAAGACUGAGCAGGAGGCACUCGAUAUUGCCAACUCGACGCAGUACGGGCUUGCUGGGGCUGUGUUCACGCGGGACAUGGCCCGUUCACAUCGUGUGGCUAGAGAAUUAGAAGCUGGCAUGGUCUGGAUUAACAGUAGUAGUGAUUUCGACGUGAGGGCUCCUUUUGGCGGCGUUGAAGAGUGUGGGAUAGGAAGAGAGUUGGGCGAGGAUGGGUUGAGGGGGUAUUAUAGUGUGAAGGCGGUGCAUGUAAACUUGACGGAGAGUUGA